AUGGUUUACAUUCACGGUGGAGGUUACGUUAUAGGAACAGCGAUCACUUAUCCCAGCGAUAUCUUGGCUCUCCAUUGGGUGGUGGUGGUCAUUAUCCAGUAUCGUCUAGGUCCCUUUGGUUUCUUGACGACUGGUGAUUCAGCGGCUCCUGGUAACUAUGGAAUGUUGGAUCAAGUGGAAGCACUGAAGUGGAUCAAUGAAAACAUUAUGAAUUUUGGCUGGAAUCUAAACAAGGUCACGAUAUUUGGAGAGAGCGCUGACGGAUCAAGCGUGAGUCUCCAUCUUCUAUCUCCUCUGUCACGUGAUCUUUUUCAUCAGGCCAUUGCAGAGAGCGGUGUAGAUUUAAGUUCCUUUGCGGUUCAGCCAACGUCUGUUGGUCUUCGAGUCGCUAGGGAGCUUGCACAAAAACUAAACUGUGGUGCAAGCGACCACAACACAAUGGUUUCCUGCAUACACAACAAAAGAGCUUCAGACAUACAGAAAGCCUCAGAGUCAAUCAAAUUUGAGUUGUCUAAUUAUCUCUACUGGGCACCGGUUGUAGACAAGUACUUCCUUCUUGAUACACCCCAAAGUUUGAGGAAAAAGAAAGAUUUCAAGCAAGUGCCACUUAUCAUCGCCUUUACAAGUCACGAGGGGGCGACAUCUCUCGUAGAUAUGGUCAACAAUUCUUUUGGGCUGAUGGAGAGCUUGGACAACGGAGUCAGUCCGACUUUUUUUCAAAUCAUUUUUAAGCAAGUUUGCUCAAGGUCAAGGGUUCGAUCCUCCUGCUUUGAUUGAGAGGGAAGCAAAAUAAUAAUAAUGAUAAUUAUAAUAAUUAUUAUGGUAAUAUUAAUUAUAAUGGUUUAUUUAAAGUACAGCCUCGUUAAUACGGUCACCAAUGGGCCAAAAAAAUUUGGCCGUGUUAGCGGGUGACCGUAUUAACGAGGGUUUUUUUUUUACAAGAAAAUCAGGGGCGGAUCCAGGAACUUUUUUAAGAGGGGGUGCACUCGUCUCUUGCUCUACUUCAACACCAAUAAACCACAUAGUUUUUUUUUGCAGAAUACCAGUUGUAUUAGAAAACUGCAUGUCAUCUCAGGGGAGGGAGGGGGGGGGGGGUGCGCACCCCCUGCACCCUCCCCCUAGAUCCGCCCCUGAAAAUGUAUGGUCGUUUUGCCGGGCGGCCAGAAAAAAGUGGCCGUAAUAAUGAGGUGGCCGUAAGAAGGGGUUCACUGCAUCCAUAAACUAAAAAUACGGCUCUUUAUCUGUGACUUACUACUACCGAUAACCUAACCUACUAAUCUACUCAUCAAUUGGUUAUAAAUUAUCAUUACUACAAAACUAUGAACAGUGAAAAGAUAAUAAAACGACUAGUUCCAAAAUUAAAGAAAAGCUAGUGAAAAAGAAAAACUAAUGAAAAGGUCACUAAGAAUACAGCCUUGCCCUUCGGCUUAGCUUUAAGGUUACUUGUCAACUUACUCUUAACAUGACUAAAUUCUGGGGAGUUCCAAAUAUGGUGUGGUAUCGCAUUGAAAACAUUUGGCAGUGCUGUCUUGGAAGGUACCUGAUUGCGUCUACUUUCUGCUCAAUCUGUGCUUUAUACUCAGUUGUGACUACGAUUUUAUUUUGUAAAACUAUAAUUGUUCAAAAAGAAGCGACUUUAAAACAUUUAGCCAUAAAAAAUUGCGGCGGUACUCACAGCAAUUUAAAAUCCAACAAGUUGGGCAAUUGUGCACUGGGAAGGUACUGUUUGAUGGCUACUCGAGCAAAUCAUCGCAGUGAGUUCAGUAUGCCCUUAAUGCCCAAUACCCAAUUGCAAAAGCAACCUUUUAAAGUUAUAUAACAAACUGACGUAUUUAUUGUGUCUUGUUCACUUUGUUUUGCUAAUACCCUUGUUCUGAACAUUAUGCCCAUCCCUGUUUUAUUGAUCAUGUUCAGGUUAUUCAAACGCUUUUUUUAUUUUUAUUGCAGAAGCACAAAAAUUUGGUAACCCAGCUUCCUGCCUACGGACACAUUUAUCAUUUCCUCGUUUUCUUUCCAAAAAUUUCAAGAUCCCCCACCAAGCCUAGGGAAGGCAUCUCUGCCACAACUUUUCGUACAAACUCUGCAUUGCUAACGAAGGAACCAACUCAAUUUGCAUGAAUUAAUCUCCAUAUCUGUAGCUUAAUCUCGUCGAGGUGAGUUACAUUAAUCAGAUUUUUAAGUACACAUUAAUUGUGAUAUGGUAUUCGCAAUGACCGUAAUCCCGCUCAGUGACGCUAUCCUCAACCGGGACCCUAUAACUUGCUUUCACCUUAUGCCACUGAAAUUUCAAUGCACCAACAUUAGCCACCUCCAUUUCUCAUAAAAUCACGGCAAAAUGCGGCAUUCUCUGUCCAAAGAGACUGCUUUUAACGGAGAAACAACUCCACGCCAUACAUUUCUUUGUAGCAACCCGCAAUGUUUGCCCCCUGGCAAUCCCAGAAUCCUGUGCGCAAAACAUUGGUCUCCGUAAUCGUAUCGGAUGAAAAAAAUUUCCAGUCUGGAGAGCGUUUUCAAAAAUUUCCGGAUACGGCCGGAAAAUACGCUGGAUACGUGUGGACGCAAGCCGUAUUCGCCAAAAAAAAAAAAAAUGCGUUUUCACAAACUUCCGGAUACGUGUGGACGAUGCCUUAAAUUUGGGUUUGGAAAUGAGGUGACCCAUCCCUGCAAUGGGAGUGAAAUUUGCUAACCCUCCCGUUAACCUAAAAUAUCAUGACCCUCCCCCUCUUGUACAAAAGAUAAAAUCUAGUUCUUGCAAUACACUAGGGUCAGUCAGUAUUAUGAAAGCUCAAAAUAUAUUUCUUAUUUGUUCUUUGUAAUGCCAUAUACAUACAUUUUAGAUGACAGCAUUAAGAGUCCGACUCUGAUUCUGACAGCUGAUCACUCGACUCUCCUAUUUCUCCCAGGUUUUUUUUUUACAAAUAAUAAUAAUAAUAAUAAUAAUAAUAAUAAUAAUAACAUGUUUAAACAGGAUGACCAUUUCAGUUAUAAAAACUGCUAUCAAUAUGGGUCCUGCAUAAAAAUAAAUGAAUAAAAAGAUAAAAACAUUAAUUAUAUAUGAAACUGUGAUACAUGACAUAAUUAUAAUCAACGAAAAAAAGGAGCUUCCUAAUGAACAAAACUACAUACAAUCAUUAAAAAGGGUAGCCCCCCUAUAUAAAAAAGGCUCUCUUAGUCAACUCGAGAUUGACUUUAUCAAUAGAUAACCUAUCCUUAGACCUAGUGUCAUAGUCAUGAAUAUCAUAAGUUCGCCGUCGAAAAUAAUCUGAGAAAUAACUUGGAGCUUGUCCAUCAAGACAAUUUUUGACAAGUUUGACGAUGUUUCUCUCUUCUCGUCUUAAGAGGGUCCAAAAUAAAGAACUUCCUUUUUCUUCUGUGGAUGUGACCUCUACAUGAUCACGGACACAUUUGCAUGACCCUCCCCCUUUUAACGGCCCAUUUUUCAGGACCCCCCCUUUUCUGCACUCUCAAAAAGUUGUGACCCUCCCUCUGUUUCCACCCCCUCCCCCCUGCUAAUUUCUGACAAGUCCCGUAUGGAUAAGUGUAAGGGUUGAUUACCGGUGUCGCGUAAUUUUUACGUUCGUAGGUGCCUAAAAUUUACGUUCGCAAAUAAAAUGGAGGCAAUACAUGAAAGGACGCUCGUAAGCGUAAAAGUUAAACCUCGCUCAACUUAACGUUUAAGCUCAACACUUUUUAUCUUCCCUCAAUUUUAUUUACGUGAUUAAAAUUUACGUGCGUUAACGUGCGUAGCCAAUGAAACCGUCCGUGGAAAUCAACCUUAAGGAAAAACAAUAGAACUUGUCAAGGUUUUCGAUGCCAUCUUGGCGAGUAGGCAAACCCGUGAGAAAUUACAGUGUCUGUAUGAGAAUCUAAUGCCGAAUAAUUUCCGUAAAACGGCUGUUUUAAAAAACAUAUGAACCGUAAACUAAAGCUUCACUCUUAAGAAUUCUACUGAAAAAACUUGAGGGCGUUACGUGCGCUAGAAGACCUAGAACCUUUUUUUAAAAUUUUCUAUACAUCUGUCUGUAAAAUUUUCCCGUGAAAAAUUGCAGAAAAAUAUAUGGAAAAUCUAAAGCAAGCUUCUGCAGAAAUUUAAGCACAGUUGUAGCUUUAGUUUACAGUUCAUAUUUUUUCCAGAACAGCUUUUUUACGGAAAUUAUUCGACGUUGGAUUCUCAUACAAACACUGUAAUUUCUCACGCGUUUGCCUACUCGUCAAGAUGGCGUCGAAAACCGUGACAAGGUCUGUUGUUUUAUCCAUGCCACUAUAUGGGUCCUUAAAAGUUUUGCUGAGUAUACACGUAUUUAAGGACCCUAAAGACCCUCUCUCCUCCGCAGAGGCUCCCGCUGGGUAUCCCCAUCAAAAUAGCAAUAAUCGAAAAAAAUAGAAAGCGCGCGGGGGACGAUAUCGUGUCCCGCGUGCUCUCUUUUUCUUUCUCCCCAGCCUCAACACAAAAGCCUCCCCACAAUACAAAGAGGCCUCUGCGGAGGAGAGAGCUAAAUACCCACUUCCGUCUCUUAUGUCGAUGUGUGGGACGAUAUGAGGUUUUAGUUUCAUGGCAUUUUGCUGUUAUUAUUGCAUGAUGUGUCAUAUGAUAUAGUUUUCAAAAGACCUUUGUUUGUCAGUAUUCAAACCGCCAGCUCAGUGAAUAAUAUCCUUAAAAAAACGCAGAGAGCCAUGAACAAUACAAGUUUGCUUUUGUUCUUUAAAAUGCACAGUUAGCAAAUCUAAGGUGCUCCGGCUCGCUCACGCAAUACUGACAAAGGAAAUUCGACAACUUGACCGGGCAACUUGAGUUGCAUGUGUUGGGCCCAGCAGAUCGAUCAUUCAGGGUCAAGAUGCGUGAACUGAUCCAGAUUUUUCUCAUAGUUUGCAUUAAAUUUUCUUGUAACCUUUUUAGAAAUAUAUUUUUAUCAGCCAGAUUGCAUGGUCAAUAAAACGCCAAUAAGGAAAAUGAGGGGUGCUCAAAUUGUGUUCCUGUAAAAUAUCGGCACUCUUUCACCAUCACAUGUGCAUGAAUCAAGUUUGAUUGACGUCCAGGAUUUUUUUAAAAAUUCCAUAUUAAAAAAGACUCGCUGCGAGUUGAAAGGUAACUUAAAACUGUUGACUUAACCUUCAUUUGGCUAGUCAGAGUGUCAACAAGUCAAGCUCGGUCGUUGUUUCAUAAUAGCGAAAGAAACAGCUCCACAAGAAGAAGUGUUCAAAGAUGCUGCUAGCAACGUUUUUUAUCUUUUGUGCAUGUUGGCUUCAUGUUCGAGCAGAAAUAGUGUCAACGAAGUAUGGAGAUAUCGAAGGACUCGUGACUUUAUAUCCGAAUGCCUCUGGUCCUUUCAAAUCCGUCAGCAAAUUUCUUGGCGUUCCUUUCUCCGCUCCACCAACUGGAGAGCUAAGGUUUAAAGCCCCACAACCGCCAAGAGAGUGGAAACCAAAGGUUUAUUCGGCUAAAACCCAUGGGAGCGUCUGCUUACAGUUCAAACUUUCCGAAAACCUAAUCAAGCCUUUUACUUCAAAUUUCACUUUCAGCGAGGAUUGCUUAUAUCUUGAUAUCUACAGCCCGAACAUCAGCCUCAGUUUGCCAGUGAUGGUUUACAUUCACGGUGGAGGUUACGUUUUAGGAACAGCGAUCACUUAUCCCAGCGAUAUCUUGGCUCUCUAUGGGGUCUUGGUGAUCAUAAUCCAGUAUCGUCUAGGUCCCUUUGGUUUCUUGACGACUGGUGACUCAGCCGCGCCUGGUAACUAUGGGAUGUUGGAUCAAGUGGAAGCACUGAAGUGGGUCAAAGAAAACAUCGAAAAUUUUGGCGGGAAUCCCAGCAAAGUGACCAUAUUUGGAGUGAGCGCUGGAGGAACAAGCGUGGGGCUCCAUCUUCUAUCGCCUCUAUCACGUGAUCUCUUUCAUCAAGCCAUUCCAGAGAGCGGUGUAGAUUUAAGUCCCUUUGCGAUUCAGCCAGCGUCUUUUGGUCUCCGUUUCACAAAAGAGCUUGCACAAAAACUGAAUUGUGGAUCCAGUGACCAUUCUGCGAUGGUUUCUUGUAUGCGCAGCAAAUCAGCUUUAGACAUGCAGAAGGCCUCCGAGUCAAUCAAAUUUAAUUUCAUUAAUUAUAUCUCCUGGGCACCAGUCGUAGAUAAAAACUUUCUUCACGAUACACCCCAAGUUUUGAGGAAAAAAGGAGAAUUCAAACAAGCGCCGCUUAUCAUCACCUUCACAAGUCACGAGGGGGCGAGUUUUCUCGGAGACAUGGCCAACAAUUCUUUUGGGCUGAUGGAGAACGUGGACAAUGGAGUCAGUCCGACUUUGUUCAAAUCAUUUCUAACCAAGUUUGCUCAAGCUCAAGACAGUAGGUAAGUUCCGUUAAGAUUUUACGAAUGUUUGCUCAGUAGUUUUAAUAGAUGUAGUGACACUUUUGGAACUUAUUAGUUGGUCUUCGUUUCACAAAAGAGCUUGCACAAAAACUAAAUUGUGGUUCCAGUGACCAUUAGGCAAUGGUUUCUUGUAUGCGCAGUAAAACAGUGUCAGACAUGCAAAAAGCCGCAGAGUCGAUCAAAUUUUUUUUCGUUAAUUAUGUUUACUGGGCACCAGUCGUAGAUAAAAACUUUCUUCACGAUACACCCCAAGUUUUGAGGAAAAAAAGAGAAUUUAAGCAAGUGCCGCUUAUCAUCACCUUCAAAAGUCACGAGGGGUCGGCUUUUCUUGGAGACAUGGUCAACAAUUCUUUAGGGCUGAUGCAGAGCGUGGACAAUGGAGUCAGUCCGACUUUGUUCAAAUCAUUUCUUAUUAAGUUUGCUCAAGUUCAAAACAGUAGGUAAGAUCAGUGAAGAUUAAAUAUUUGCUCAGUAGUUAUUAAAGUACGGCAGAACCCCGCUAACUCGAACUAAAACUCCCUUCCCCUGAUCAAAAAAAGUCAGUGAAAUUUACCCCGAUAACUCGAAUUCUGGUUCUUUUAACUACACUCGGAUGUCAUCCCAUUAGCUCUUCUUGUUGUAAAGGGCCUGAAAUCACUAAAACUAACACUGGUCACUAUUAAAGGCAAUUUGAUUUAAAUUGGUGAAACGAACAGAUCAUGUUUUAUCAUAAAAGUGCCUAAUCAUGUUACCGUUUCUGAUGAAAUAAGUGCCCCUUACACUGAAGUACUGAGAAAUCAGUAAAUAUCAAUUUCUAACAUGGCAUAUUGAAUUUUUCAAUCGACCCCAAUAACUUGAAUCGUCGCUAAUUCUCUGAACUGGUUUUCGUUUCCCUUCUGAGUUCGAGUUACUGGGGUUCUACUGUAGAUGUAGCCACACUUUUGGAAUUUAUUGACUGGCUCAUAAACGUGGAUUCUCAGCACAAUAGCACCCAGCGUUUUAGACCUUUGCGUGGCUCCACAGGGACUUCGCUUCUACAUUAGGCUGCUGCAGGGCAAUUAAGCCUCUUGGAGCCCAUAGAUACACGUUUGAAGAAGGGGCGUUUUACCUUAAAGAUAGAGGUUUCGAUAGUUUUGCAGACAACGUGGACAAAACAAAAUCGACUGGCUCGUUAGCACUCUUUUUCUUGAGAUUUAAUUUUGAAUUGACUAUUUGAUUUCGGCUGAAAAAUAGUGGAGAUGUUGGGGUGGAGACGCGCGUCAUAAUCCGGGGGAGGGGACAAUAUUUGGGUAUAGAUGAGCCGCUGAGGGUUUAAAACCCUGGCCCCGUUUAGUACAACAAAAUUCUAAAAUACAUACCCUGUCAGGAGCCGACGUUUAGGACACGGGAAAAAAUGCACGCCGUCUUGUUUUUAAGCCAUUUAUUAGCAAUUGCAAUAGAGCAAAUUCACGUUAUAGUCAUUGCUUCUGUAUACUUGGAGGAGAAACAAAUUUCAUCCUGUUUACAAUUAGGAUAGGCCCGGAUGAAAUUACAUACCCUGUUUGGGAAAGAGCGGUCAAAAACCACACCCCGUCCAGAGGCAAAUCCCCUUAUAGGUCAUAUAACCUAGUACCCCCGCUGGGUCAUAACAGGCCACCGACCAUGUUUCUCUCUUGUGUUACAUUAACAUUUAUUUGCAAGCAGUGUUUUACUUUCCCCUUCAAAAUAAAACCAGUGAGGCAUGUACCUCGGAUUGCUUCACUCUAAAUAUCGGUCCUUUUUUUAGGAAGAAGAUUGCUGAUCUUCUCGCCGAUGCCUUGGAGUUCAUGUACACCCCCUGGCCUGACAACAGUAACACAUACGCAUUAAGAAGUGGACUUGUUGAUGUAAUUGGAGAUAACCUUUUCGUUGCCCCCAGUCACAAGGUCGCUGAUGUUCACAGUCAGAUCGCUCCUGUUUACAUGUAUGAGUUUGCUCAUCGGGCAAAGCCAAGUUUGGCGUUACGUGCAGAGUGGAUGGGUGUUGUUCAUGCUGAAAACAUUCCCUUUGAUUUCGGAGUUCCUUUCCUUCCCAAAUUUUCGCCACAUUAUAGUCAGGCUGACAGAAAUGUCAGUCUAUUUAUCAUGACCAUGUAGGCAAACUUUGCCCGGUCCGGCGAUCCUUCAGUCAACGGUGUCGCGUGGGAGAAAUACAACUCGAGUCACAGAGCUUACCUAAAAGUGGACACAAGUCCCAAACUGAAGACGUCAUUUAAUUCUCGCCGAAUGUCUUUUUGGAAUAAUUACUAUCCUAAAUUGGAGCAGGUGAAGUUCGAUGUCAAUAAAGAGGUGGUCAGCGGUGCAAAGGAUAUUGUUACCAUGGGAACUGCUCUUCAAGUUGUAUUUGCUUUAAUGUUAUACUUAAUUUACUAA